GGCGAGUUUGAACGUGCGAGUCAGCUGUAGAGGCUUGGGAGCGUUACCGGCCUGGUGGAGCUGGUGAGACGAGGCCAUGCCGGCUGAUAACGCAGGAGUGGCCGGCUGCGUUUCAGCAACUGUGGCGGCCAUCUGCGACGCCUGGAAAUGCGCAAAAAAAAAAAGAGAAAAAAAAAGAAGAGGCGGAUGAAGCCGGCCGUACGCGUUUUUGGCGUUUGAUUGAUGAGUUUGUCGGCGGAUUCAAAUCAGGGGAGGUCCAUGGCCUCGUAGAAUGUAUAGAGUAAGAAAAAAAAAAGUUUCAAAGAGAGAUGGGGGAGCGAAGCGAAAGAUGCGCGCGCGCGCACAGGUCGGCCGAGUGCUUAUUUGUGAAAGGCGACACAAAGGAAAAAGCGCGAGGGAGAUGUCGGCUAUUGGUUCAGUCGAAGCAUGGCGAGAGCAGUGGCGGAGAGAUCCGGCGAAAGGAAUCCGGAGGAUGGUGGCAGCAGAGGACGGGAUGGGAUUGCUGGACUCGGCGCGCUGACGGAAGAGAGGCCUGUUUUUGUAAAGCCUUUCUUUUCUUUUGCGAUGAGCGGAGAGAGAGAAACGAGAGACGGAACCUGGCUGUUGGUGGUUUGUGCUGCUCAAUUGCUUCUUGGCGGUUCAGCCAUUGGACGAGUGCAAGUGGAAAAAAGAGCCAGGCGAUAAGAGGCAAGCUGAGGCUGAUAUCUUGUGCCACCAGCCCGUGGGUAGUUCGUGGAGGCCGGGCGAGGGGCACUUAUGACGCAACAGGCGAGAGGCUACUGGGCCGUUGGACCCUAGCAGGUGCUGGCGAUGCUCCAAGGGGCACGCUAGCAGCGCAAGAGGGAAUCCGGCGGAGGUCGAGGAGCAGCCUUUUUUGGCUUGUUUGGAGUUGAUGGCAUGCGGCCGCCAUGGCUCCAGCUGGCUGGGCUUGGCUUGGCAGGCAAUGCCAUCGUGAUCAAUUGGAUACAGUACAGCUCCG